AUGGCAGGAAAAGCAAGACAAGCGAAACCCCUAACGGUGGUGAGAAGGAGCAAGCGGUUGGAGGAUCGGAAGGGAGAAGAGAAAGGAGAAGCGUCCGUAGCAGAUGAAAGACGAAAAGUCAUAAGGAAACGAAAAGGCAAGCCGAGCGUAGAAGAAGAAUCCAUGAUGGAACCUAUCCGAAUCGUGAAAGCCAGGGCGAUUACGGAAGGGGAAGCGAACCGAGAAAAGGUGGAGAAGAACGGUGGUGAUAAGGACAUGAUAUCGAAAGAACCAAGUAAGACACUCCGUCGAGAGAAGAGGAAAGUAGGAAUGGAAAAGCGAGGAAGUCAGGAGAAACGAGAGGAAUACGAACGUGGCAGCAAAAUGGAGGUCAGAAUCUCACAAGAAGAAAAUGCUAAUUCAGAAACGAUAACUGCUUCGUCACGGAAAAGGACUUUAUAUCAGGAGGAAAAUCCUUAUGAGGAUUACGAGGAAGAGGAAGAACGAGGAUUGCAGAAAAGAAGGCUGCUAGAAGGAUACAAUCGGGAAAGUGAUCUAAGGAGGCUGCUAGUGGAGGCGAGAGAUGAAAAUCAUUAG